AAUAAUAUUGAUUUCUUCCGAGAACGGAGGCGGCUCAAUAAAAACAGUGUUGCGAAUAUUCUCAAGACCCACAUACCAUCACCUGCUGCAAAAAUGCAGUGAAUGAUGUCGAAAUUUCCAUAAACCUUUUCCUUCUACUUUUUUCUCCUCACUCCUUAAAUACAGAUAACACAUAUCAUCCUCAAGCGUAUGCCCAAGUUGUGAGCUUCCCCAAUUCUGGCCUACACUAUCAACACCAAGCAUCCAAAAUGUCAUCCCUCUCCUCCUGCAUCCACGUAUGGUUCCAACAACGCCAAAUCGGAAACCUUCCACCGCUUUAUCUCAGCAGCCGGCCCUCAGAAUCCAGGCUGAAACAUAUGGAACGCCAUUGGAACAAAGUUACUCAACAAUAUAGAGAUAUGUCCGAUGCAGACACAUUGGAUGUCAUCAUGCUCCAAGAAGAGUUAGAGAGAGGAAUGUCGAAGGAAAAGAGAAUGGCCGUGCAGGAGUAUGUCUUUAGUGUAGAAGAUCCAGAAAGGAGAGCUAUGUUGGAGAUUUGGUUGGCGAGGUUCCCGGGCUUUAUGUUGAGGACUGAUAGAUUGGUGGAUUUUGGGGUUGCGGAUAUGAGGCGAAAGGCUGUGGUUUUGAGUGCGUGGCAAGCAUGGCUUAAGGAGUGGAAACUUUGGUGAUGUGGGUGUUAGGUGGGGUUGUGGACAUGCAACCGAUUUCAGACGCGGGACGUUGGUUGAUGCGAGAGAUAUAUCAGCGUGCUUGCUUGCGGUGACAGGAGUUGAACAUAUGUGUUUUGCGAAGUGGAAGGAUAGGUUAAAGUUAAUCGUCACGUUGCAGACGCGGAGAGCUUGUCGGAGUGUUAUUUUUGCAACGAUACAAUAGGAACAGGCCGUCCUCAAAAAUCUCUGUUAAAGCUUCUUUUGAACUGAUGUCAGUGAUGUGCGAGAUGCCAACCAGUC